AUGUUUAAACCUGAUGAUGAUUUUCAAGAUUUACAAACUGAACUAUUAGAAGAAAAUCAAACAUUAAAAUUAGUUAAUCCUGAAAGAUAUUUACGUGCACCAACAAUAGAUCGUACACAAAAGAAUUCUGUACCACAAAUACCAACAAAUCUCAAUUAUUUUAAACAAGAAAUGAUCAAUUGGCAUGCUAAUACAGAAUUGAAUUUAAACUCACAUUUAGCACAUAAAAUUGUUAAAGAUUUAACACCGGGUGGUGCACUCAUGCAUGGAACAACAGCACAAACAUUAUCACAAAUUGUUCCACAAAAUAUUCAAGAAGAAAUGCAAACUAUUUAUGUAUCAUUAAGUGAACUUCUUCGUCAUUUCUGGUCAGCAUUUCCACCAAGUUCUCCACAAAUUGAAGAAAAAAUUCAUCGUGUUCACGAAACAAUUGAACGUUUUCGAGAAACACAAGUCAAUUCUUUUAAAGAAAAAGUAUCAACAGAUCUUCUAACAGAUUUUCAUUUGGCCGGUCAUAUGGAAGAUCUUAUCGAUAUAGCAAAUAAAAAAUAUCAACAAUGGGUAAAAACAUUAUCAUCAACAACAACUGGACGAACUUGA